AUGUCCAAGUCCACUAUCGCCGUUAUCGCGGCCGUGAGUGCUGGUGCCGGUGCUGCCGCCACGGCCGCCAUGUUCUCGCUGCGGUCCAAGCCGUCCGACCGUGCCACGCCUGUUCCGACUGCCACAACGACGACGACGACGACGUCGACAUCUGUAUCUUCGGCCGUGCCCGCCUCCAAGGUCUUCUCUGCACCACCGCCCGCCCCCGCCCCGGCACCAUUGCCGCCCGUCUCUGCCACAGCCGCCGCUCUUGUCGACCCGGCCGGCCUGUUCCAAUACGGCUUCCCCGGCCCCGUCAACGACCUCGCUCCCCGCAGCGCCCUCGUCUCCUCCUACGACCGCCGCACCCGCAACCCCCACUGGGUCGCCGAGCACAUCACCCCGGCGUCCCUGGCCGUCCGUGACGGCGACCGCCAGCACUCCGUCUUUGUCGAGGACACUGCCGUGCCCGAGCCGUUCCGCGCCAAGCUCAAGGACUACUUCCGAUCCGGCUACGACCGCGGCCACCAGGUCCCCGCUGCCGACUGCAAGUGGAGCCAGGACGCCAUGAACGAGACGUUUUUCCUCAGCAACAUGUGUCCCCAGGUCGGCGAAGGCUUCAACCGCGACUACUGGGCCCAUUUCGAGGACUUUUGCCGCCGCCUGACCACGCGCUACCCGAGCGUGCGGAUCGUCACCGGCCCCCUCUAUCUCCCGAAAAAGGACCCCGUGGACAACAAGUGGUACGUCAAGUACGAAAUGAUUGGCAGCCCGCCCAAUGUGGCCGUGCCGACGCACUUUUACAAGGUCAUCUACGCCGAGACGGCGCCCACCACGGGUCCCGGCGGCAAUCCGGGCGCACCGGUGGCGCUGGGCGCCUUUGUGCUGCCCAACGCGCCGAUCCCCAACACCAAGCCGCUGAGCGAUUUCGAGGUGCCGCUGGAGGCCGUGGAGCGGGCGUCGGGCCUGGAGUUUGCCGCGAAGCUGCCGCCGCAGCGGCGCCGGCGGCUGUGUGCGGAGACGUCGUGCUCGCUGGUGGUCAAGGAGUACAACGACCGGCAAAAGCAGGUGGCCACAGGGGGACGGCGGUAG